AUGCCAUACCUUCCUUAUAUCGAACCAGGGCUUGACAUUAUACUUCCUCUCUCUAUCUUCAUAUUCAUUCUCAACGUAACCCGCGACCUUCUCGAUUCUUUCCUCUAUUGCGGACUCAUUGGGGAAAUAUUUAUCGGGAUUCUCUCUGGAAUGCCUAUCACUGGAACUUCAUUUCUCAGCAUAGAAAUCCAAGAAACAGUACAAUAUCUCGGAUAUCUCGGGCUUAUCUGUUUGGUGUUCGAAGGUGGUCUCAUCACAGAUCUUCAUAUAUUGAGAAACACAAUAUGGUUAACAUUGUCUGCUGCGAUGAUUGGAAUCCUGAUGCCGAUGGCUCUUUCAUUUUGCAUCAUGGGGAUGGAAUUCGACAGUAUUGAAGGUUCAGGAUAUCCAACCGCAAUAGCAGCUUUUUCAGCAGGAGUAUCUCUCUGUUCCACAUCCUUAGGGUCAACUUUCAUUAUUCUCGCAUCCGCAAACCUUCAAAAAACACCAAUUGGUACUUUGAUAGCUGGCGCGGCAAUGAUAGAUGAUAUUCUUGUUCUCGUGAUGGUUGAAAUCAUAACAGCACUUGGACAAGGCCAAUCCGAUUCUUGGACAAUUGUCCGUCCUGCUAUUUGGCCAAAAACUUUUGGUGCGGAUAUUGAUACCGAAAAGGGGAUUUCACGGCAUACUGGAUUUAUAUUAUCGACUUUGAUGCUUAUAGUUCUUGUAACUAUUGCUGCUUGUGUAGAGGGUUCGAUAUUACUAUCUGCAUUCUUAGCUGGUGCUGUGGUGAGAUACACUUGGCAAAGUGUAGAUGGUGAUGAGGAUAUGGAUUUGGGUAUUGAUCGGCCUACUAUGAUGUUUGAGGAGUAUUAUAAGCCGAUUAUGGAUCAUAUAUUAGUGCCCUUCUUCUUCGCAUCAAUAGGUUUCUCCGUCCCCGUAUCAGAAAUGUUUUCCGGCUCCAUCCUAUGGAAAGGAAUAUUCUACGCCUGCUUGAUGUUUCUCGCCAAAGCUUCCGUGGGAAUAGUUGUCUAUUUUGAAUUCUUCUCUGCCAGGUGGUCGCAACAGUGGACAGACUUCAAAAAGAAAACACUUCCAAUGCCAGAAGAACUUCCCCAACAAGACGGCUUACCAGAAGAAAUAUCUACAAACGAUCUCGUAAAUCAAAAAUUAAAAACAGACCCCCCUCAUCUCGAUGCUAUUAUAGUAGGGUCCACAAUGAUUGCUCGAGGAGGCUUUGGCUUCCUGGUAGCUUCAGAAGCGCAGAGCUCAGGCACCUUGAGUCUCUCCAAAACGCCAAUUAGAAUCCCAAACGUGCAAGGUCUCUCGCACAAAGUUACUGGGAGAUUGAGAACAUUAGAUGUGGUCGAAGAUCAAAUAUUUUUGGUGAUAAUCUGGGCUUUAGUUCUCUGUACGAUCGUUGGACCGGUUGUUUCGGGGAUUGCAGUGAGAAAGAAACUGGUUAAGGAGAGGGAAGGAGAGAGGUGCGAGUGUGGGGUUAUCGUUGGACAGAGAAGUUUUGGGAAUGGGGAUGAGGGGGUAGGAGGAUGUCAUCUUUGCUUGUAAAGGUACUCCAGUAGAUUGGAGAGUAUAUGAGAAAAGCAAGACGGGAGACGAGAUAUAUUAUGGUGAAGUUGGAGUUUGAGCGAAGCAUUGAGUUAUGAUCAUGAAUACGGGUCAAGGCAAGCACCGCGACCAUCGCGACACUCUUUCUUGUCCCAGAAAGGAAACGUUGCGCGAUGUCAGUUUGAUACCACAUUUUCACACUCGUUAUAGACUGAUUUCUUGCGGAAAUCAAAACAUGUGUACUUUUCCAUCAAUCGAUGUAUUAAAUUGAGCUGCAAGUCUUGUGAGUCGAGUUCUAGUCUAGGGAGAGAAAGGAAAAGACCGAACAUGAGCAUCUC